AUGCCAUGCAUUCUCAAAGUAAAGAUUAUUUCUGCUCGCAACCUACCCAUUAUGGAUAGAACCACCGAUUUGACUGAUGCUUUUGUGGAAGUCAAGUUUGCUGACUCGGGCACUUACAGAACUCAGAUCCGUCGUCGCACUCUGAAUCCAGUCUGGAAUGAAGACUUUCGAUUUGAAGUGAGCGAUGAUGCCGAUUUACAAAAUGAGCCAUUGGAACUUAAGGUUAUGGACUAUGACCAAAUCACAUAUAACGAUGCUAUUGGCACUGUAUUUAUAGACCUCAAUCCUCUACUAACUUGGGAUUCUCCUGCACAAAUAUCUGGCUGGUUUCCAGUAUACGAUACACUUCUUGGUGUACGUGGCGAGUUGAAUGCUCAAGUUAAACUACAGCUUUUUGGAGAUAUCAAUCCAUUCAAAGACUCAUCUGCUGGUGUGCAGUUCUUUUCUGUUCCAACACCUCCACCCAAUUAUCAGAUUGUAUCUGUGCUUGGAUUUGUGAGUGCUUUGGAUGAUGAAGAUGAUCCAGAAUACCAUUGGAGUGACAAUUUUCGAACUCCAAGAAAAUCCAACGAGGCUAGAACUCGAGUCAUGUUCCGGCUAUCUGGUCAUAUUCGACGUCAAUUGGGUAAAAAAGUUCUUGAACUCAAUGGAAAUGCAGUUCUUGGAUUCAAACAGCUAUUUGAUUUGGAAGAGGACAAUAAAACCAUCACAGCGCGUGCAGUUGGGACUGCUGUAAAGCUUGUGUUUACCAGCAAUGGCCAAUGCAAUAACGAUUUAGCUGCCUCUUCAGCAUCACUCAAAUCCGUUUCAUUUGCAGGACAGCCUUUGCCACAUGAUAUUGCCAUGUUUGGAUCGCCAACAAUGCCACCUACUCUGAAUAUGGCUAGUAAUGCUGCGAUAGAGCAUAUGGACAAUAUGGAAGCAGACGUACAGCAUAACUUACCUCCACCGCUGAUUGUCCCUUCACAUACUCCAUGGAGACAAUUAGACCAGGUUCCACUUACUUUGGAAGAAUUUCCUCGUGGUGCUAUCCUUGGCAUCGGUGGUCUUGUAUCUGCAGCCUCUGUUAAAGUACUGGAUAAAGACGAGCGUGAUGUGCGCAGUUCGUGGUGGAAUGAGCUUCGCGAUGAAAUUAAAUCUCAUGCAAGAAGUCUUCGCUGUCCUUAUAUUGUUGGAUACACUGAGCAAUGCAGCAUCAAUGAAGAACUAGCUGUUCUGCAUUGCACAGGCACAGCAGCAUGGGUAGAUAUUGCAUUGUUUAAUCCGACAAAUCUAGUUUCAAGUUUUGGUGUCAAUUUAAAUAGCAGCUCUGUGUGGAAGCCAGACUCUGCCGAUUUGGGACGUGAAUCUCUGCAUCCAAUUUCAUCGCCCUCAAAAAGUGUUACAUUAACUUUAGGAGUAGAGUCACCUACUUCUUAUGAUGAAGCCAGUCAUAUACCCACGAAUAGCCUUACUGGAGGUGCUUUGGACGUGGCACAAGCCUUGAAUGGUAUCGGCCCAAAAGAUAUCCCUUUACCUAAAAGGCAAGCAUCAAUACCUUUAGGCGAAGCCGGGACAUCUGUUCCUCAUCCAUCUUUUCACCACAAUGAGCGAAGUGAAUCCACCAAGUUCAAGGUCAACAGUACACCACGCCGUGGAUCCCAAAUGUCAACAACAAAGGAUGGAGAGGAUUAUCAUUCGAACAAACAUCGUGCCAAGAAACGGUUGAAGCACUUGGCAUGUCGAUCCAGUCAUAUUACUUACAGACGCAACGAGUCUCCGUUUCCCAUGGCGCUUACUCGCUGUGGGAUUUGUCGUCGUAAAUACGUUCCAGAAAUUCUUCUAACUACCAUUGAGCUUCCUUCUGAAUUGGAAACGAUUGGAAAAGGAGUAUUUAUCGAGGCCCUUGUAUGCAGACAAAAAAAACCUCGCAUUGGAGAGGCAAGAGCUGUAAGCAUAAGCGAGUCAAUCCCAUUUGCACAGUACGAUCUUCAUCGUCAGCUCAUGUACAAACUACGCAUGUAUGGACUGAAUGCCAUUUUUGGAUUGCAUAUCCAGAUUUCUAUUGGCGAAAACUUGAUGACUGCUGUAGCGACUGGAACCGCAGUCUAUGUUCGGGCUUUACCCACACCACUUGCACUCAAAGUCAUGCGUAAUCUGGAAGUCGUUGACGAAGAAGAUGAGAGAUUGAUGGAUCUGCAAAGAAAAAUCAUGAUUCAGAGUGAAGCGAAUCGCAAGAGAAUUGAAGAGGCUUUGGAAACUGUUCGGCGUCGACGUGAUGAAGAACAUCCUGAUCAAAGUGAUUCUGACGACGAUAGUGCAUCAUCAAAAUCUGAAUCUGAUGAUGAGAUAGAAUCUCCAACCACGGAGAUAGGAGGUGGACCAUCCAAUCCUGGUGUAUUGAAUAUGGCAGCUGAGCCCAUUGGUGCAUGUGGUUCAAAUACUACUAAUUUUCCCGGAAACAAAUCACAAAAUCAACAGUCUCAGCAACAGCGCGGCGUAGUUGUUCAGAUUGACGAUGAACAGGACGAGGAUUUGGUUCUUUUUUUAGAGCAAACUUUUCCCGAUGGAUUUGAGCUUCUUACUAUUCAAAAGCCGCCCAACUUUCAAUCGGUGAUGAAGAAUUUGCAUAAUUUUCAAAUGGUAACUAUGGUGAAGCAAGGGACAAUCAAUGCUGUGUCACAUCAUCCGAAUAGGCAGCUUGCAGGAAUUUUUCGUGCUCUGCAUCAAGAACUCCAAUAUCAGGUAGCUUACUUUUCUCCCUGCUAUGUGACUGGAAUCAAAUACAACGUGCAGCUACCUAAAGAACAAGGAGUUCAGGUGACUCUGCAAGCCAUGGUGAUUGGUGGACUCCCAAAAUGUGUCGAAGGAGUCAAGGCUCCUGGAUUUACGCAGUCCAACUCAAUCUUGAAUUUGUUUGAGCAAGUGCUGCUAUCGUCGCGUGCUACUGCUAUCGAUCGUCGUGUAUCAACUCUACACCGUCAAAUGACAUCUAGGUCUACUUCGUCGAAUCUAGACGGUGCGUCCAUCACAUCAAGUAUCCAGGACGAUAUGUUGUUUGGGCUUGAUGAAGACUUGACUACAAAUGGCCAACGAUACCAGGGAUCUGCCACUGCUCUGCCACCCGUAGAAGGAAUGUUUAGCAAUUCAUAUGGUGCUCUUGGACCUAGUGGCGGUGGACUUAAUUCAAUUCUUGGCGGAGCAGCAAGUCGUCUUGGAGUAGUAACGGGUAUCGUGUCUGGAAUGGUAGCUAAUAUAACUGCAGGAAAAGGCAAACAAGAUGGGAAUGCUUUGAGCGUACCAACUCGUACCAACUCGAACCCACAGAAUGGCCCUGUAUCCAAUCAACAAUCACAGCAGGGAUUGCCUGCUCACCCAGAACUAAUGGUCACAAUUCCCAACUACAAUGCAUCGUCUAUGCAAUCCUUUCUUCAAAAAAACGUGGAACUUUCACCCAACUCGUGGAUACCUCAAGCGAAAGUCACUCGUUUUUUAGGCAGACUGUCAAUGCAUUUUGUAAAAGAAGUCAAUCUUGUUUACGAUGGUAUGUCAGGGAAGUUUGGAAUGGGUGGAUUCACGCAUAUGUUUCUUGCAGAGCUGUUUGCAGUGGUGAAAGCCCACACAUUUGCUUUAGGUGGAAAUGGGAUUAUUGGAUUUUCAAUGGACCAGGUGUUGUUUUCAGAAAGCCUCAAAAAUUUAGGUUAUGCUUUUGUGAGCGUUUCAGGGGACGUUGUUGUUUUGGAGUAUUUACUUCCUGAUGAAGAUGCUGUGGCCAGUACUGAACAGUCCGAACCUACUUUAUUGCUUGAUGAAGGAUCAAAAAUAGCUGCUAUUGACGCAAACGAUUGUCCGACUUUGGGUUUGUCGACACCAGGUGCUCCAGAUGCGUCGGGGCUACCUGUUUCCAUACCAGAUAUAACAACGGAGUUGAUUUCAAAUCGUCCACCACCCAAUACAGUAGCAGCUGUUUCUGCAACAAGCGCGACUCUUCCUGCCGACACUUCUAUUCCCACCACAUAUACUGGCCGGGUGGUUGCGUUUGAUGAUUAUGUCGUUGUUCCUCAGUGUGAUUUUGCUACAGAGUUGUUUCAACGAUCUUGCACCUAA